AUGGAAAACUUAGAAAAUAACUUUGAUCAAAUAUCGGAAGACCAGCAGGAAUGCUCCAGUGAAAAAACGGUUAAUUACUACAAUGAAAAUAACAGUGAAACAGCUGAAUUUAAGCUUCUAAAAGAAGCGAAAACACAAUUGAAGAGGAUAAUGGAUCUUAUUCCAGAAUCCUAUAAAAUCCAUAUCAGGAAUGAAGAGAGGAAAGAGGUGAAAGAUAGGGUUGUACAGAUGUACGCAACGGUACAACAAAUGUACGGGAUUCUUAAAGAAGUAAGAUCAGAAAGAGAAGAAAGAAACAGCAUAACACCAAAUUUACUGGAGUCUAUCAAAGAAAUCAAAACAAAUAUACAACAUUCAAACAAGACUUCAAGUCAAUUGAGUUACGCUGAAGUCACUAGAUCCAACAUAAGUACACAACAAAUGGGAAGUCAAAAUAAUAGAGAUAUAAUUAACAAUAGUAACGAGGAAGGCAACAGUGCGGUAUUAAUAUACCCAAAUAGUGAGCAAGAAACAAAUAUUAACAUGGAAGGAAUCGUUACAAAAAUUAAGGAAAACAUUCAACCAAAGCAAAUUAAGAUUAAGGUUAAGGGGAUUAAGAAGAUUAGAGGGAAUGGAGUUUGCAUAGUGGUUAAUAAUAACGAGGAAGGUGAUAGACUCAAGAACGCGAUAAAAAAAAUAAAAGAAAUAGACAAUAAAAUAAAGUGUAGAGUCGCAGGAAAGCGUCAACCAAAAAUAAUAUUGCUAAACGUACCAAACAGUUUACCAGAAGAAGAUAUCAUAGAGAUAAUGAUAAGGCAAAAUGAUAUUUGGAGAGGUUUAGAUGAAGACAAUCUAAUAAAAGACUGUCGGUUAACAUCAAUAAUCAAAAGUAAAAGGUCAGAAGGGAAAAGCAGACAUAUUAUCAUUACAGUUACACCAACAAUAAGAAAUUUUUUAAUGAAAAAUAAAAAUAUAGCACUUCAAUGGUACUCAAUUCAAGUGGAUGACUAUAUCCCUAUACAGCGUUGUUUUCAAUGCUGUGGGUUUGGACAUUGGGCUAGAGAUUGUAAGGAAUCUCAAAAAUGUAGCCAUUGUUCCAAACAGCACAGAUUCAGUGAGUGUAAACUUACGAAUACUAUACCGGCAUGUACCAAUUGUAAGAGAAACAAUAUUGGGCUUCCACCGGAUAAAAAACUAGCAACAAACCACAACGCAUUUGACAAGAUAUGCCCUCUUCUUAAAAAGUUAAGGAAACAAUUAAUUGGAAGAAUAGAUUAUGGACCAUAG